UCACACUUGAUAUGAAAACACAGGAAAUGAUCAACAUCAUGAAUAUCACCCAAUCGCAUCUUUGUCUGACCUCCGAAACAGUGAUGAAGUACCUGGAUAAGAAGGUCAAUGACCAGUCCAAGCUCAAAUGGCCUAAGGGACUGGUAUUCUGGAAGACCACCGAUUUUGGAACGUACCAUCAGACCAAACGGAAAGAUCCACCGACAUUACAAGUUCCAGAUCUUGCCUAUAUUGAAUUUGUCAAGUCGCCUGAUGGUGAACUCAACGGUGUGGCAAUCUCUCACAAGACACUGUUGCAACAGUUGAACUCGAUGACUGCCAUACUUUCCUCAAAUCCAAAUUUGGAUGGGAAAUCUUUCAAGAGGUCUGAUAUUUCAUUUACACGACAUAGGAAUGUGAUGCUGAAUAUCCUGGAUGCGAGAAAGUCUGUUGGCUUAAUCAUGGGAACUCUCUUGAACGUAUUCACUGGAAACCUCAUGAUCUGGUCUCCUUCUUCGUUAUUGGACGUUGCUGGUUUAUAUGCGCAUAUCAUCACCAAGUUUGGAGUUACAGUACUUCUCAACGACUACCUAAGUCUGAAACAAGUGGUUUACAACUACCAAUCGUUUCCUCAGUACACUAGGAAAUUCUCCAAAAAGGAAGUGAACUUUAGUUCCUUGAAAUGGGUGUUGAUUUACACGUCAAUCGUCGAUGGUGAAUUCCAUGAAAUCUUGACAAAUCGUUGGCUUAAGCCCCUGGGCUGUAAGGAUGUGCAAAAUGUUGUAUCACCAUUACUCACGCUUAGUGAGUUUGGCGGUAUGGUAAUAUCCAUGAGAGACUGGAUUGGUCAGGAGGAGAAACUGAAUACAAAUAUCAUACCAGCAUUUACAGAUGACGGUGAGCAACUGAUGUCGAUGAAUGACUCUCAACUAUCUGAAGUUCUGAUUGACAAAAAGUCUCUGACAACAAACACGGUGAAAAUUAUAUCAGACAGACCACCAGCAGUGGCUGAUAGUUAUAGUAAAUCACAAGACUUCCUAAGAAUUGGAUCAUUCGGUUACCCAAUCCCUGAUGCUACAUUGGCAAUUGUUAAUCCAGAUACAUGUUUUCUAUCCGGUGUCAUGGAAGUUGGGGAGAUUUGGAUCGAUUCUGUUUCGCUUCCUGGUGCUUAUUGGGGGACUCCAAAGGAAACUAGGGAUAUAUUCCAUGCACGUUGUCAAGACCAUGAAGGUAUAUUGGACUUAGAAUUCUUGAGAACGGGUCUUCUAGGAUUUACGUGGAACGGUAAAGUCUACGUCCUUGGAUUCUACGAAGAUCGUCUACGUCAGAGAGUAACAUGGGUCGAUAAACAGGAUGGAAACAACUCUGAAAACACCGCUCAAUACAGAUACCACUAUUCAGAGCAUCUCGCAUUCACACUUGCAAGGGCCAUCCCACAGAAGCGCAUAACAGACUCAUCCGCUUUUGAUGUCUUAAUUAACAACGAACACCUUCCUGUGCUUGUUAUUGAAUCUCCAGCAGCAAUACCAAAUGAAUCCGGUCAAGUUGAUAUUCCGGAAUUAGAUCUCAUUGCCUCAAAAAGUUUUGAUGUACUCGAGAGGUAUCAUAAUGUGAGACCUGUGUGUGUUCUCAUUCUUGCCCCUGAUACGCUCCCUCGAACCAUCAAGAGUGGUAUUCCAGGAAUCGCAAACAUGCUUGUAAAGAGAUACUUCCUGGAGGGUGUUUUGAAAUCUGUCUAUGUCAAGUACAACGUUAGGAGAUCAAUUACGGAGAUUCCAAGAUCAAAAUACUAUUUGGACAGUAUCUGGUCUACUCCUGUUUCUCAGUUGAGAUACGAGUCUUUGUUUGACGCUGAAGACCAGUAUUCUGGUCUAGAUUAUCGUGACACUUCAAUUGAUGACAGAACAAAUAGGCCACUCACUGAUUUCGACUCUAUUUGGGAGAUCUUUAAGUGGAGAGCUCGGAAUCAAUCUGACGAAAUGGCAUUUUCCGGGGUGACCAAGAAUUCUAAGAUGCUUUCAUGGAAGAAAUUCGACAUCAAAGUAGCCGGUGUUGUCUCCAUGAUUUUGGACAAAUCUAAGAAAGGGAAAUUCAAGACAGGUGAAUUUAUUGGAUUGAUGUUCACCAUGUCCGAGGAUUUUGUUGCUGCUUUAUAUGCGUGCUGGCUCUUAGGGUUGAUCCCAGUUCCAUUGAAUCCUUUAGACCCAAAUAGAUCCAGUGAGGAUAUUCCUGCUUUUUUUGGAGUGUUGAAGGAUUACAAGAUUAAAAACAUUUUCAUCAAUGGUGAGGUUGAAACACUCAUUAGAAACAAGCCUCUCUCUCACCUGUUGAAGGAAAACAUUGAUUUCCAAUCAAUUAAGAUUCGCAACACAGUUAAAUGCACAUCAAAGACAACCGUCGCAACAUAUCAACAAGCCAUUGACAGAUUUAAAGGUAAGAAAUUUGAUGCAUCAGCCACAUGUCUGGUGCUGUUGAAUUGGUCUGAUGAUAAUACGCGUACAGGUAUCAGCAUUAAUCAUUCCACUAUCCUUUCUCUGUGCAAAAUCAUAAAGGAGACUUGUCAGUUGGAAAGCACAAACCCAGUAAUGGCAUGUGUGCGUCACACGACUGGUAUGGGGUUCAUUCAAAGCGCACUAAUUGGUGUAUAUCUGGGGUCUGCGACGUAUAUUAUCCCACCAAUGGAUUUUGCUACCAACCCAUCUGCUUUCUUUACAACCUUGGCUAGGCUCAAAGUGAAGGAUAUCUAUGUCACUCCUCAGAUGUUAGAAUACGCUAUCCGCAAGGUUAAGACUAAAGAUUUCUCCCUGGAUAAAAUGAAGAACAUCAUGGUUGGUUGGGAUGGCCGUCCUGACGUAAACUUGAUUAAGCAAGUGGCGACAAGAUUUAGUGCAACAAAGUUGACGUCGUCUGCGAUAAGUCACGUUUAUUCGCACAACUACAAUCCAAUGAUUGCAUUGAGAUCGUACUUGUCCUUUGAUGCAAUCAAUCUCUAUUUGGACCCUGACUCGCUCAGGAUAGGUCUUGUAUCGUUGGUUUCCCAGUCCAUUGUACCUAAUGCUAUACAUGUUCAGGAUUCAGGGAUUGUUCCUGUGUGUACACAGAUCGCCAUUGUCAAUCCUGAAACUAAGAAACUGUGCAAAGUUGGUGAAUAUGGAGAGAUAUGGGUGUGUUCUGAGGGAAAUUGUCAGAAGACUUUACAGAACAUAAGUGGUUCCGAUAAUACUUUCCACAAGUACCAAUUCAAUGCAACUACUGAAAAUGGUGACAAGUCGUUGAGAUAUAUCAGAACAGGAGAUCUGGGGUUCCUUCAUAACGUUUCAAGGACUGAUCGAUCUGGUACUAUCGACUUCCAAGCGCUUUUCGUUCUGGGAUCCAUUGGAAGUACAUUUGAAUCUAUGGGGUUGAUGCACUUUGCAGAGGACGUCGAAUCGACUAUUGAGAGCUCGCAUCCAGAGAUUAAGACUGGAGGGUGUUGUGUUUUCAAAGCAGAUGGUUUUGUAAUUGCCGUCGUUGACACCAUUAGGGCUAAAUACCUCUCAUCGCUGAUACCAGUGAUAUUCAACAAGGUGCUAUCUAACCAUUUCUUGAUUCUUGACAUUGUGGCCUUUACGAAGCCGGACUGUUUCCCCUACUCAAGGCUUGGGAUGAAGCAAAGAGGCAAGAUCGUCAGACGUUGGGCUGGGAAGAAGUUGAAUAUCCAAGCACAGUACGGGCUCAGCCAUGGAGAGCGUGGUUUAAUCGAGACUGUUCAAAACCUGGAGAGCUCAACCUCUGAGGCUGGCUCGAUCAUCACAAAGGAGUAUGAACAAUGAUGAUAAAUAAUACCUGUAAUAUACGCAUACCUCGAUAUAUAGUAACAGUCAUACAUAUUCAGUGCUAUUAUUCUUGGAUCAAGAUGAUUAUUAUUUGAUGUGUGUGUAUGAAUUAUAUAAACGUUGAAAGUACCUUUCAGUGCAAUUAUUUUAUCAUGAGCAUAGACACAACCCAAAGUGAUUGUAUGGGUCUCAUGACUGCUCAUAUGUGCAUCGGAUGAGCACUGUUACAGGCCCCGCGAGCAUAUGAGCAUUGAGUAGGCUUUAGAUGAAU